GAGGUGAAUCUCUAUUCAAUGCUGUAUCAGUGGACAAGCGCACUUGCACAGAUUGCAGUUGCGACUCAUACAUGAAGAGACUCCUCACACCACAACCAUCAAAAGAAUUUAUCUGGAAAAACCGCACUCAAGUCCACGAUUGCUCAAUAAUGCUGCACGUUUAUUUGUGAAAGUUCAGCGGAAACGCAUGAGGAUCAGAGCGAUUUCAGGCUGCGAGUCUGUGAAGGAACUAUGAUGCUUAAUUUAUUAUUUCAGAGCACAUGUAAAGAGUGAAUAAUCCAUCCGCAGUCUACUUCAUCCAGGACGCCCUUCAUCCAGCAUGCUCACUCUGACCAUAGUGUUUCUUCUCGUGGGCAAAGUCUUGUCUACACAGAACUCAUGUCCUUCAAGGGCAUUCACCACCAGUGGGGAGUGCUGCAAACAAUGCCAACCCGGGGAAGGGAUGGUGAAGCCCUGCGGAGCGACACAGACAGUGUGUGAACCGUGUCUUGACAGUGAGACAUUCUCUGAGAACUUCAGCCACACUGAGAAGUGCCAGCCGUGUACACCAUGUUCUGAACUCACGCGCAUGCUGACGCCCUGCACUGAUGCCAACGAUGCAGUGUGUGUCUGCGACUAUGGGUUCUUCUUCAGCAAAGUGUCGGGCCGCUGUGAGGCCUGCACGGUGUGUCCUAUGGGCCAGGGUGUGCUCGCGCGCUGUAAUUUUGACCGUGACACGGUGUGCGAGGAGUGCAUGGAUGACACGUUUUCAGAUCAGGAGACCUCCUUUGACCCCUGCAUGCCCUGCACCGUCUGCGAUCAGCCUGAGAUGGAGUUGAAGAGCUGCACGCCUAUCAGCGAUGCUGUCUGCCAAGAUGUAGAUCUUCUUAACAGCUCAACCUAUCCUUCUCCUCUUCCAGAUGUUACAUCUUUUCUGCCUCCUUUUUUUCCUCCCUCUUCUUCUCCUGCUCCAUCAGUUGUCUCGUAUACAGACAAGUCUCCUCCUGACAGUCCUACGGAGAGCGUGACCACAGCUGACCCUGGGCUGAAGAGAAUCCAUGGGAUGAGCGACAACCUCAUUCCCAUCUACACCUCCAUAUUGGCUGCAGUGUUGUUGGGCCUGGUGGCCUUCAUCAUCUUUAAACGGUGGAACAGUUGUAAGCAGAACAAGCAAGGAGCCAACAGAGCGUGCAGUGCAAACCCCAGUCAGACCCCUUCUCCUGAGGGAGAGAAACUCCACAGCGACAGCGGCAUCUCAGUGGACAGUCAGAGCUUACAGGAGGGCCAGGGGCCUCCACAUACUGUGAUCAAGAUAGAUGGAGGUUCAACCCUGACCUUGCCCUUACACACACGGGAGGAGGUUGAGAAACUGCUAAAUCGUACCUGUGAAGGAGAGGAGUCAGGAGCCAAUGAGGAAACCGACUGGUGCAGCCUGGCAGGGCUACUUGGAUACAAAGAAGAACACAUUGCUAAUUUCAAGCAGGAAGAAAGGCCCAUCCAGGCUCUUCUGUCUCAUUGGGCGAGCCAGGAUUCGGCUAACAUUGAUACGCUUUGCACAGCACUGAAGAAGAUCAAUAGGGAGGAUAUUGCGCAGAGCAUCACAGUUAAACCAACUGCUACAUCUACCGUAUGAGAAAACAUGAGCUUGCAAACACACACAUGCUCCCAGACACCCAAAUACACACUUUACAUUGCCUUCAGCAUACUUUGAUGUUGAUGUAUCACCUGUGAAGUUGAUGUAUCACUGUAUCCUUAACUUUAGGCUGUAAACUCAAGUGCCGUUUCCCUGUAGUAUUGAUUAUGGCCAAACUGUGUGCAAAGAAUGCACAAUUUAGUAAAUAUUGUUUGCAUGUUCCUUUAAUUUGAGGAAAGCCAUAUGGACUCGAACAUGGAUAUUCAUAUCUUUCCUGAGGAAAUUCACCAUUAACACAUUUCAACAUCAUACACUAACUUUAGCCUACCAAUUAUUAUGCUUAAGUAAGUUUAAAAAAAAAAUUGUUUUGCAUUCUUUAAUCCAUUUGUCUGUCUCUAUAUGGGAACCUCUAUUUAACAUCCAUAACGCACAUGCUAAUAUGUCAGAUAUGACCAGUUCAGUCAUUGUCUAUGCAUUGAGUGUACCAUAACCACAAACCAUAUCCACUGAUUAUAUCCUGUCAGAGUUUGACCCCUGACCUCUCAUGUACACAGUCGAUGUUGUGCUCUUGUGCUUUAAAUACAACCAGAUACAGUAUGAGAAGAAAGUCAUAGAAAAAACACAACGCUAAAUAAAGAGACUGUAAAAAUGGUGAAAAUUGACAGUUUUUCUGUCAUGUGAGCUAAAGAAGCUAGAUUUAUGAUACCAUUAUUGUCAGAUUUUGCUUAUUUGAUUGUAAAACCACAAGUCCUGAUUUACUUGCUAUUUUCUGUGGUUUAAAUGUAAAAAUAUCUGGUAAAAUUUUAUUUGAAUGUCAACUUAGAAGUAUACUGGCAUAUAGAUGAACUCAAAGCUUUCAUAGGUCUUUAAAAUUACUCUAACAUGAGUAAUCAACUGCAUUUCUUGGUUAACCAGGUCUAGCACUUUUCAUAUCUCAUCUUUUGUUGUGUUAAUAACAGAGAGGAACGUUUCAGUAAGAGUUAAAGUGCCAUGCAGACAUUAAGUCUGGUUUUUUAGGGGGUGUUUUGCAUCAGUUUAAAAAAAAAGUCUUAAUUUGUUACAGCUAAAUUUAUUUAUGGUUUGGUUUGAACUUCAAAAUUAUUUAUUUUCCCACAAAACAUUCACUCAAAGUUAAAUAUUUUUUUAUCAUACAAUUUUAAUCAAUAUAUGUGACCCUGGACCACAAAACCAGUCAUAAAGGUAAUUUUUUUAAAACUGAGAUUUACACAUCAUCUGAAAGCUGAAUAAAUAAGCUUUCCAUUGAUGUAUGGUUUGUUAGGACAUAUGACAAUAUUUGGCCGAGAUAUAAUUAUUUGAAAAUCUUGAAUCUGAGGGUGCAAAAAAAGUACUGAAAAAAUCACCACUUAAAGCUGUCCAAAUGCAAUGCUUCUUAGCAUUCCUAUCAAGUUUUGAUAUAUUAAUGGUAGAAAAUUUACGAAAUAUCUUUAUGAAACAUGAUCUUUACUUAAUAUCCUAAUCAUUUUUAGCAUUAAAACAAAAUCAAUUAUUUUGACCUGUACAAUGUAUCUUUGGCUGUUGCUGCAAAUAUACCUGUGCUACUUAAGGCUAGUUUUGUGGUCCAGGGUCACAUAUUUUCUUUAUAUAUAAGCCAAAAUGUUACUUAAUGUAGGUCAAAAUGAGAUAUAACUUAUUUCCUUCAGUAAAUGCCCAUAGGUGGUUGUGUAUUAGUUAAAAGAGCCAAACCCCAGAUUUCUAACAUUACAGACUUGUGGCUUCUCCAAAUUCGUAGAAAAAUUAUAGCGUUAUAUAUUGUAAAAUUUUACCUAAGUUUGUCCAGAACCCUAAACCUAGAGCAAUAGUAUUAGUGAUGGCGGCCUAAAAAGACACCACUAAUGUAUGUUCAUUACGUUGUCUUUAUCAGUGUUAGUUGUGUCUACAUCUGAGCAGGUGACUCGGAACAUUCUAGAUGGAUUUAAUAAGCAGGAGGUUUUGUCAUCCUGGUGGUCCGGCUGAAAGAUGAUAGUGGUUUCCUUUUAGUUUUUUUACUUUUUUCUUUAUUACAGCGGUAACAUGACACUGGUCACUACCUGGCUCAGGUCAUCACCAUGACAAAAGCGCUUGGCCAUGCAGUCUAUGACCCACACAGAAAAAUGUUAAAGACACAAGACACAUACACGCUCAUAAACACACACCAAAGAAACAAGCUUCCCCAUAAAAUUAACCGGUGACUGAUAUGAGCGUUCAGGGUGAUUGAAGCAACUCUUUUGAAGGCAUAAUACAAGGUUCCCACGGGUAAAACCUGGGUAGAUCAGGAAAUUUUAGGGACGAUUGGACAAAAAUUCGUUGGAUAAAAAGUAUGGGAACACUGAAGGACUUGGAGAACAUCUCAAGGAAUUAAAAACUUUUGCUUAUUGUAAUGUUAGACUAUAAGAUUCAGCCGCAUGCUAAUGGAUAAAGUACCAAAACUGAAGUGAUCCAGAAACUGAUACAUUUGGUUCAAAUGCUGAUGACAGGAAGAAAUCAAAUCAUAAGAAAUCUCCAGGGAUUUAUAACGUCUCAGGGUUUGUUUGGAGAUUUGCCCAUCAGUCACGGUUCCAUAUUAUUUCUAUGUUGUCAGUAUAUCAGUGGCCUUAUAAUGGUGUUAUAAUGGAGGUUGCAGGAAGCACUAGCUGAUCUUCUGAACUUCAGCACAGACAUUUGGACUCAAGUUUUUUUUACAAGGAUGGAAGAUGAUCAGAGAACGGAGGAAUGUUUGAUGUACUUAUGCAAAAGAUUUGAAACAUUAAAACUCUCUAGCUGCAUGACUGUCAGUAUUCUUGCGAUGUUCAUUAAGUUUGAAAAGCAAUGCAGCAGCAUAUACUAUUAAUAUCUUUGAAUAUUACAAUCAGCCAAAAUACUAAGGAAAAACUGAUUUAAACUUAAAGGCCAUACAUUUUUCAGAAAAAAUGCAAACACUGUAAUUUGCAUCUUAAAAUGAAGGCAUUCUCCAUUUCUGGAUGUGAUUUUUUUUUAUAUUUUCUUUUUUUCUACCAAAUUAGAGUGUAGCACUUACAAAGUAUAAUAUACAUAAUUUUGUAUAACAAAUGCCUGAGAUUAAUAUCAGGUCUGUGUUGUCUUUUUUUCUGUUCAGUAUGUACAUAAUUUAGCUGUUUGUGAUAACUUUUGUGUUUAUUGUUUUUUGGAGGGCAAUAUCAGACAAUCCUGCAACCACAAACCCAACAAACUAAAAGAAAGUCACAUGAGUUGCCACUAUUCAACCUUUAUACUAUUUUGCUGUCAUUUCUUGCAUAAAAUCCUGUUCGUUAUUUGACAAACAUGCCGUUUUGCUUUCAAUUUAUUUUUGGACUAUUUUUGUAGUGUUACACAAUAUCAGAGCACAUGUCUCUGAGAUGGAUGUAUUAAUGUGGCACACUGCUCUCUGACAAUCAUAACUUGUGCAGUUGUUGGACAUGGAGUUGCUCAGAAACCCCUAAUACCCAGAGACUGAAUCUUGCACUUGGUAAAGGAGCUUUGUGAGAUGGUGAGCAGAUGUUUUGUUGGGUUUAUUUGGACACAGGUUCUGCAGGAAGAAACAAUACUGAAUGUUACAUGUAUUUACUGUUAUGUACACUGUAUCAUAUAAAUGUGAAUUUACUAGAAGUCCUAAAGUAGGUUUAAUGCAGUUACUAUUACAAAUAAGAAAUAAUAAACUAAAUAAGAUUGCAACUGGA